CAUGUUUGUUCAGUAGAUGUACUGUAUUCAUCAUAGCUUUGCAAGAUGUGCAGUUUUUUUCAUCUUGCUUCUCAUCUUGUAGCACAGAUCCAAGCCUGCAAGUCUUUCCCAAGAAGGCAUUGAGUGUACAUCUGAUGUUGCUUCAUUGAAUGGAUUACUAGGAUUCUACAUUUACAGUAUUAAAGGGUAAGAUUGAAAGAGGAAAAAAAACUAGAAACGAUCAAGAUGGGAAGGAUUGGGUAUUUUGGGAUGCUAAUCUUUGGUCUUUUAGCAUUUAUAGGCUCAACCGAAGCUCAACUAAAGAUGGGUUUUUAUAAUACAAGCUGCCCGAAAGCUGAGAAGAUUGUGCAAGGCUUUGUAAACCAGCACAUCCACAACGCUCCAUCUUUGGCCGCAACCUUAAUCAGAAUGCAUUUCCAUGAUUGCUUUGUCAGGGGUUGCGAUGCAUCUGUGCUGCUGAACACAACUUCCGGCGAACAACCUGAAAGGGCAGCUACUCCAAAUCUAACACUCAGAGGCUUUGACUUCAUCGACAGAGUGAAACGCCUAGUUGAAGCUGAAUGUCCUGGAAUUGUGUCUUGUGCUGAUAUCCUCACCUUGGUCGCUAGGGACAGUAUAGUAGCCACAGGAGGUCCAUACUGGAGAGUUCCGACUGGCCGGCGAGACGGUUUGAUCUCCAGGUCCUCAGAGGCCUUGUCCAACGUCCCAUCUCCCAUGAUCAACUUCACCACUUUACAAACACUGUUUGCUAACCAAGGUCUUGAUUUGAAAGACCUGGUCUUGCUUUCUGGUGCUCAUACCAUUGGCAUUGCUCAUUGUCAAUCGUUUUCGAACCGGCUAUACAAUUUCACUGGGAUUGGAGAUGAAGACCCAGCUCUAGAUAGCGAAUAUGCUGCGAAUUUGAAGGCUAGGAAGUGCAAAAGUAUUAGCGAUAACACUACUAUAGUUGAGAUGGACCCUGGAAGCAGAAAGACAUUUGAUCUUAGCUACUAUAAACUCUUGCUAAAGAGAAGAGGUCUAUUUCAAUCAGAUGCUGCCUUGACCACAAACCCUAACACAUUGUCUAUGAUCCGCCAAUUACUAGAGGGUUCACUAGAUUUCCGUUCUGAAUUUUCCAAAUCCAUGGAGAAAAUGGGCAGAAUUCGUGUUAAAACUGGCUCGAAUGGUGAGAUUAGAAGGCAAUGUGCUUUGGUUAAUAGCUAAGGCUUAGUGUGUUGUUUUUGUUGUUUUUUCUUAUUUAUUUAUUUUAUUGAAGAGAGAAUAUACCAUUCGUAGAUUGGGUUUGAUUAGUAUUCUAAGACAGAAGUGUGUUUGUUUAGAGAAAAAAAAAGAUAAAAAUAUAAAAUAAAUAUAUUUUAAAAACAAAAAA